AUGCUUUUACAGCAGCAGUAUCAAAGUGCCCUGUUUUGGGCAGACAAAGUAGCUUCACUUUCUCAUGAGGAACCACAAGAUAUCUACUGGUUGGCCCAAUGCCUUUACCUAACAGCGCAGUAUCAUAGGGCAGCACAUGCCCUUCGGUCGCGUAAGCUGGAUAAGUUAUAUGAAGCGUGUCGCUACCUUGCAGCUAGAUGUCAUUAUGCUGCAAAAGAACAUCAACAGGCACUGGAUAUUCUUGAUAUGGAAGAGCCAAUCAAUAAAAGACUUUUCGAAAAGUACUUGAAGGAUGAGAGUGGAUUGAAAGACUCUACCACAGACUGGGAGAUGUCACAAUCCUCUAUCAAGAGCUCUAUAUGCCUUUUGCGAGGGAAGAUUUAUGAUGCUUUGGAUAAUAGAACCUUAGCAACGUACAGCUACAAAGAGGCCUUGAAGCUUGAUGUUUACUGCUUUGAAGCAUUUGAUCUUUUAACAUCGCACCAUAUGCUGACGGCACAAGAAGAAAAGGAACUUCUUGACUCUCUGCCUCUUAGUAGACAAUGUACAGAAGAAGAACAAGAAUUGCUUCACUUUUUGUUUGAGAAUAAAUUGAAAAAGUAUAAUAAACCCAGUGAAACACUGGUUCCUGAAUCAGUAGAUGGUCUUCAGGAAAACCUGGAUGUGGUAGUGUCCUUAGCUGAAAGGCAUUAUUAUAACUGUGAUUUCAAAAUGUGUUACAAGCUUACUUCAGUAGUGAUGGAAAAGGAUCCUUUCCAUGCAAAUUGUUUACCUGUGCAUAUAGGGACACUUGUGGAGCUUAAUAAAGCAAAUGAGCUUUUCUAUCUUUCUCACAAACUGGUGGACUUGUACCCAAAUAAUCCUGUGUCAUGGUUUGCAGUAGGAUGCUACUAUCUCAUGGUUGGCCACAAAAAUGAACAUGCCAGAAGAUAUCUCAGCAAAGCGACUACACUUGAGAGAACCUAUGGACCAGCAUGGAUAGCAUAUGGACAUUCAUUUGCAGUUGAGAGUGAGCAUGACCAAGCGAUGGCUGCAUACUUCACAGCUGCACAGCUCAUGAAAGGAUGUCAUUUGCCAAUGCUCUAUAUUGGACUGGAAUAUGGUUUGACCAACAACUCCAAGUUAGCUGAAAGGUUUUUCAGCCAAGCUUUAAGCAUUGCACCUGAAGAUCCUUUUGUUAUGCACGAAGUUGGAGUGGUUGCAUUUCAAAAUGGAGACUGGAAAACUGCGGAAAAGUGGUUCCUUGAUGCACUGGAAAAAAUCAAAGCUAUUGGAAAUGAGGUAACAGUUGAUAAGUGGGAGCCUUUAUUGAACAACCUGGGACAUGUCUGCAGAAAACUAAAGAAAUAUGAAGAAGCACUGGAAUACCAUCGCCAGGCUCUAGUACUAAUUCCUCAAAAUGCUUCUACUUACUCUGCCAUUGGCUACAUCCAUAGUCUAAUGGGCAAUUUUGAAAGUGCAAUUGACUAUUUUCAUACGGCCCUUGGUCUUAGGAGGGAUGACACAUUUUCAGUCACAAUGCUCGGGCAUUGCAUAGAAAUGUAUAUUGGUGAUUCUGAAGCCUAUAUUGGAACAGAUAUCAAAGACAAAUUAAGAUGUUAUGACUUUGAUGUACACACAAUGAAGACAUUGAAGAACAUAAUCUCACCUCCUUGGGAUUUCAGAGAAUUCGACAUAGAAAGACAAACUCUGGAUGAAAGUGGCAUAGUAACAUUAGAGACAUCACAGCAGAGGAAAAGUAUAGAUACCAGUCGCCCACUGGAAGAAACAUUUGAGAUUGAAAUGAACGAAAGUGAUAUGAUGUUAGAAACAUCAAUGUCAGACCAUAGUACGUGACCAAAAAUGCUGCUCAUUUUGUCUAAGUGUAAUAUGUUUGUUUUAGCAUUUUUGUUAUGGUGUUAUACUUUCAAGAAUUUGCUAUUUUUAUAUGAAUUCAAGCUACUACUCUGUACGUAACACCAGAGAAAUAAUGCUUGCCUUAAGGAUGUUUAAAAAGUAUACAUGAUGGAC